ACCCUCCCGGAGCCUCGUCAGGGGACACAGCCGCUCUGCCCGUCCUCCCAAGUGGCAGCAUGAGGGCCCUGUGGCUGUGCUGGGCGCUGGGAGCGCUGGGCCUGGCCCGGCCCGGGGCGGCCGUGACCGAGGAGCAGGUCCUGGGCAGCCUGCUGCAGCAGCUGCAGCUGAGCGAGCCGCCCGCACCGGGCCAGCGGGACGCGGGGCGGCCGGUGCCCCCUGCCCACGUGCGGGCCCAGUACGUGGCCCUGCUGCAGCGCGGCCACGGCGUGCCCUCCCGGGGGAAGCGGUUCAGCCAGAACUUCCGAGAGGUGGCCGGCCGGUUCCUGGUGUCCGAGGCCUCCACGCACCUGCUGGUGUUCGGCAUGGAGCGGCGGCUGCCCCCCAACAGCGAGCUGGUGCAGGCCCAGCUGCGCCUCCUGCAGGAGCCGGUGCCCCCGGCCGCCCUCCGCCAGCACCAGCGCCUGGCCCCGCGCAGCGACCUGGCCCGCGUCUCCAUCGAGUGGCUGCAGGUGCGGGCCGACGGCUCCAACCGCACCGCCCUCGUGGACUCCAGGCUGGUGUCCGUCCACGAGAGCGGCUGGAAGGCCUUCGACGUGACGGAGGCCGUGAGCUUCUGGCAGCAGCUGAGCCGGCCCCGGGAGCCGCUGCUGCUGCGGGUGUCGGUGCAGCGGGAGCACCUGGGCCCGCUGGCCUCCAGCGCCCACAGGCUGGUGCGCUUUGCCGCCCGGGGGCCGGCGGAGGGCGCGCAGGGCGAGCCCCAGCUGGAGCUGCACACGCUGGACCUCGGCCACUUCGGAGCUCAGGGCAACUGUGACCCCGAGGCGCCCGUGACCGAGGGCACCCGCUGCUGCCGCCGGGAGACGUACAUCGACCUGCAGGGGCUGACGUGGGCGCAGAACUGGGUGCUGGAGCCCCCGGGCUUCCUGGCCUACGAGUGCGUGGGCACCUGCCCGCAGCCCCCGGCCGCCCUGGCCGCCCGGUGGCCCUUCCUGGGCCCGCGGCAGUGCGUGGCCUCGGAGACCGCCCCGCUGCCCAUGAUCGUGAGCGUCCAGGAGGGCGGCCGGGCCAGCGCCCGGGUGGUCAGCCUGCCCGACAUGCGGGUGCAGACGUGCAGCUGCGCCUCGGACGGGGCGCCCGUGCCCCGGAGGCUGGAGCCGUAGGCGCUGGGCAACGGGCCACGGGCCACGGAGGCUUCUGACCAAACACGUGCACCGAGGCAGGUGCUGAUGGAGGUUUUACGUUUCUACUUAGCAAGUCACCCCUGCCCCGAAUAGGGCCCCUAGUUUACCAUUUCCGAGUGCUCUACCAUUCCUUGUCCUCCUGAGCGUCCCCUAAGCACUUACGUGAGGAACUACUGCCACUUGUCGUUGCUGAGCAGGAGAUCCUGGCUCCUCGCUAGCCAGCCGGGGUGGCUGAGCCCGGCCAGGCUGUUUGUUCUCUGGCAAAUUCUCAACCGACUUUGGGACAACACACCCUGAGAUAAGACCUGGGGGAAGAACUCGUUUACUCUAUUACAUGGUGAAUGAAAACCAAACCCUAAAAUCCCUCUGUGUCCUCUAGAUAGGAUGCCUAAAAAUGAACCCCAUCUCCCAAACGUGGAAUCCUUUUGGACUUUUGUCAACAUGCCUGGGUUCGCCCUGCCAGGGCGCUUGUAGGGGGGAGGAGGAGGGACUUCGGGGUCCCCAAGGGCGAUGCAUAGGGGAGCAGGACACCUGGGUUCUGGAUAGAACAGGGCCCCAAGCUGUGACGCCAUCGCCCUGGGGAUCCCCCACACCCUCACCUCCCCUCUCCUCCGCCCCCCCUACUCCGCCUGCCCGCGCAUACUUAGAGAACUUAUCACCAGUUAGCACCACAAGCUUUUACGUUUUGUUAUUAUUAUUAUUUAGAAGGAAAAAAAACACACACAAAAAUUGAAUGUAGAGAACACACAGGAAUAAAAGCGGUUUCACUCUGAAUCCAUGCAUCUCCACCUGCAGCAUCUAGCCAUUCUCUGUUUUGAAUGACUGCUCCACAGAGGAGGCGGGCGCACAGCACGAUGCGACUGCGGAUUGGUCCGCGCUCCGAGCUC